GUGGAUUUGAUUCCCAGAGAAUUCAUUAGGUAAAAAUUUAUUUUUGAUCCUGAAUGCACUGUAAGUCGCUUUGGAUAAAAGCGUCUGCUAAAUGCAUAAAUCUAAUCUAAAUCUUAAGACCAAUGAUGCAUGUGUGUUUGAUUAAUUGAAUCGGUUCACAAAAUUGAGCUGCUGUGAAGUCAGGAUGAAACCAUAACCAAUUAGUGAUUUGAAGGUAAAUGUGUAUUUCUGUAUAUGCACAAAUAUAUUCAGUGAAUGACAGCGUGUCCUAAAUGCACAUCAUCAUAAAGUGUAUGCUUGUGGGUGUAGUAAUAGCUCCAGACCUUCAGGAGUCAGUGGCGCAUCAGCUCUCUCUCUCUCUGUCUCUGAGCCUGAGAACGCAGAGCCAUCCGCGAAUGUUUUUAAGUAGGCUGAGGUUACCAAGCAGUGAAAUCCAAUCCACGCUUACCUGUAACGGACAGUCAGGUAGAAAUAACGCCACCUUCAAGACUUGAUCUGUUAGGUUUAUUCGUUCUAUUUCCUUUGGUCGAAACAAGCGAUGUCAGGCGGCUGCGGGCGGAAUCCUCCUCCUUUCCCCGAUAAUGAAGAUCAGGAGGCAGAAUUAGACACUCGGGUGCUGGACAGCGACGAGGACGAUGAUGAUGAAGGCGAGGACAUAUUCACCAUCGCGAGGAGUAAACCGAUCACACCCACAUCGGCUCCUGAUGAAGGCGAUAUCUUCAGUGAGGAGGGCUCGUACAUCAGGAGCGAUGUCCAUCACGCCACUAAUGGCCUUCACUCUGAUGACGAGCUGGAUCUGUUCACUGAGGCCACAGUAGAGCUGACGCUCACCAACACCACCAGUCAAGGGAGGAGAGAGAUUAUCGGCCCGACCGCAUCGGCUUGCAACACCACACAUGUCCCUAACUCCAUCCUCAAACCCAGCAUUGUCACCAAGACCAUGGAGGAGCUGGAGGAGGAAGAGAGUGGAGACCAGUUUGAACUGAACAUUGCAGUCACUAAUCCAGAGAAAAUUGGAGAUGGCAUGAAUGCCUACAUGUCUUACAAAGUGUCGACGCAGACUACACUGCCCAUGUUCCUUAAUAAGACGUUCUCCGUGCGGCGACGUUUCAGUGAUUUCCUGGGACUGUAUGAAAAGAUAUCGGCCAAACACUCUCUGCUGGGCUUCAUCAUUCCACCUCCACCUCAGAAGAGUGUAGUUGGGAUGACUAAAGUGAAGGUAGGGAAGGAGGAUUCAUCCUCAGCGGAGUUUGUGGAAAAGAGACGAGCAGCACUGGAGAGGUAUCUACAGAGAGUAGUGGCUCAUCCAUCUCUGUUGCAGGACCCGGAUGUUCGAGAGUUUUUAGAGAGAGAUGAGUUGCCCAGGGCAGUGAAUACUCAGGCUUUGAGUGGACCUGGCUUCCUAAAGAUGAUAAACAGAGCGUCGGAUGCAGUGAAUAAGAUGACCAUUAAAAUGAAUGAAUCGGAUAAUUGGUUUGAGAGUAAGCUGCAGGAGGUGGAGAAUGAGGAGCAGCUGCUGAGGAGGCUGCAUGCUGCUGUUGACUCAUUAGUAAACCACAGGAAAGAGUUGUGUAGUAACACAGCGGUGUUUAGUAAGAGUGUGGCCAUGCUGGGCAGCGUGGAGGAGAACUCGGCGUUAUCUCGUGCGCUGUCACAGCUGGCAGAAGUGGAGGAUAAGAUGGAGCAGCUGCAUCAGCAACAGGCCUUCAGCGAUUUCUUCAUCCUCGCUGAGCUCCUGGCCGAUUACGUCAGGCUGCUGGGGGCCGUGAGGUGCUGUUUUGAGCAGAGGAUGAAAGUCUGGCAGCGUUUGCAGGAAGCUCAGAGCACAUUGCAGAAGAAACGAGAGGCUGAGGCCAAACUGCUUUGGGCGAACAAACCCGAGAAGCUGCAGCAGGCUAAAGACGACAUAAAUGAGUGGGAAUCUAAAGUCAGUCAGUAUGAGAGAGAUUUCGAAAGAGUCACCUGUACUGUGCGCAAAGAAGUGCUCCGAUUUGAGAAAGAGAAAGCCAGAGAUUUCAAACAGCACAUCGUGAAAUACCUGGAGUCCCUGCUUCACACACAGCAUAGGCUGGUGAAGUGUUGGGAGGCCUUUCUGCCUGAGGCCAAAGCCAUCGCCUGAUCAGCCUUACCUCACACGCUCCUAACCUUUGACCUUGAGAACAGACAAUCAACAUUUCUCUCUUCCUAUUUCCUUUGCUCUCUGUGUGUGAAAUAACAUGUAGACAUUAAUACUCGUUCAUCGAUAAUCAGAUCCCCAGAUUGUGAUGGUAAACCUGUGCAGUGACCCGUGUCACUGUUGACAACUGAAUGUUGAGUGCAAAGGUUAAAGGUCAGAGCGGCAUUAAAAAGAACAGCUGUGUGUGGGGUGCAGCAAGAAUAUUUUUUUUGUGUGUGUGCAUGUGUUGUGUGUUCAGUGUUAUCCUAAAGGUUUUUAAUGGUGCUUAGCCUAUGUAAAGUUUCAGUAGACAUUAAAGAUUGUUGAGUGUCGUGCUCUCUGUGUCAUGGACGUGCACAGGGGUGAGACUGAAGUUUUAAUCCAUUCCAGACAAGAGAGAAAAUAAAAAAAUAAACUUGAGAUGUUCACGAUAUACUGUAAACAAAACAAAAAAAAAAAAGAAUGAUUCACAGACUGCGAAUGGAAAAUGUUUGGUGUCUUUUGGAUGAAGUCCCAUAUAUUGUGUUGAUAGUUUUGAGUGAAUUUGUAUGUUCUCAAACAGCUGCACUGAUCUGGACUGGUCCAGAUAAAGGUCUACUUGUACUACAGGUGUACAUACAUGUCUAUUAAAAAUCCUGGAAGAACUUGUUAAAACAUACAUUGAUUACAAAAAAAAGUGUGUGUAAAAACAUUUGUACUGUGGAUGCUUCUAGUCUUUAACAUUUAUGCACUGCUGGUGUAUUCAUGAUAUCACAAUACCUUGCAGAAACUGGGGCUUCGUUUAUAAAAUGCAUUUAUGAUCAGAUUUGCUCCUCAAUUCCAUGAAUUUAAAUCUGUGACAAAAAGUAAGGAACAUGUUGGGAUUUAGUAUUGGAGAAAAAAAAAAGCAUGUGUAUGAACUUCUUGUGCUCAUAUACCAGUUAUUAAACUCGAUUAUGAACAUGUAAAGAUAAGCACAUUAUGCACAAAUUAGCAAGGUUUUAUCUGCUUUGUGAUGAUCAUGUCACUGCAAUUAGCAAACUGUAUAUUAAUAUAAAAAUUAGUGUGCAUUUUGUUGAUGUACUUCUACACAUUGCGCAUGAACUGUGAUUUAUUGAGCUAUACAUUUGGUGACAUUUUUGUGCAUACUUUUGUAUGUUCACAACAUCACUAGAUCAUUCUACGCAUGUCUCUAUAAAUGGGGCCCCAGGAGCUUAAAUGACAUGGAUAUUGAGGGGACGCCCCCAUAUUCAAAGCAAAGGUCCAUUAAGUUUUUAAAGCUAGAUUUACAUCAAUAAUGAAUUUGGGGUUAUAUAUUCUUGGUAAGAACAUGUUGGUUUGAGGCUCUUUUCCUGUCACUAAAGACUCUGUGCUGUUACACAUGUAUUAUAAGCCUCCAUUUUGCCUAUUAACAUGAUGUUAAUGACCUGGUACAAGACGUGCAUUUGUUUAAAACUCUUGUCCUGUCAAACUUCAUUUGAUGAAAAUAAAGCAGAAUAAAAAAGGUUGUCGUGAUCUUUUCAGAUUAAGGACACCAUCUCAAGCCAACAGAAUUCCAUCAACCAAUCAAAGUAUUUAUUUCAAAUGAAUCCCACCAUGAACAUUUUCAGUCAUGUCGAGAUGUGCGCAGAGACCGUAAAAAGACAAUUAUUAAAAAUUACAGAAUUAUCUGGACACACUGCAAUUAAUGUUGAGUGACAAUUAUUUUAUUUUUUUACUUCUUGUGCAUGUUUAUCAGUCAAUUUCGUAUUAAAUAUGAAGCACCUAGAACUGAUUUUUAC